UCAACUUGAAGGACCAAGGACAAGCGACCAGAGACCAUGUUGCCCAGCUCCAGAACCAAAAAGACACAACAACAACCAUCAUGAUUGUAUGGCCCACUUCAGGAGACUGGAGCCACUUUGAUCUGAGUCGAAGACGGCGAUGGCACGAGUCUUCUUCCUCUCCUCCUGGCUCGGAUGUGUCGUCCGAAUCAUCACCGCUCGAUCAUUCGCCGUCGAAUGCCUCCUCUAUUAUCAAUAAUAAUUACUCCACGUUCUCAUCAUCAUUACCGGAACAACGACAGGUCGCCUCCAAAGAAUCUGACUUCUACAAUCAUCCCGCGUAUCAUCAUCAUGAUUGGUGGUGGCGGUGGUUGCUAUCCAGACAGUCGCCAUCCAGUCGGAAGAAGAGCCUCUCCUUACUGGCAAUUGGAGUGUCGGAACAACCACCACCACGGCCGAGUCUUCGACCGUAUCCGCAUCAUCCAUACUACUACUACCACGUGUCUCCCUUGGGUUGCUCUUGGAGAGUACUGUACGUGACACUGCUCUUUACGGGUCUGCUGGCAUUUUACUUUCAGUAUCAUCAUCAUCAAGAUGACGGGACGUUUACGACUGGCGACCGUCGUCACUACUACACCAAGGCUACAGCGGAAUGGGACCACAACAUUUAUUCCCCCGUCAUGGCAACUUCCUCCUCCAACUCACCGCAUGCUCACUUUUUGUUGGCACAACUUUCGGUAGAUGGUUUGACCGACAUUUCCAGUCGACCCAACCGCGCGUACGCCAGAACCAAAGGCAUGGAUUACGUCCAGUACGCCCAAGGACGACACAUUGACAAGGCGUGUUUUGACAAGAUUGCGCUCUUGAACAUGAUCAUGGACAAACAGCAACAACAAGACCAUGACAACAAUCAUCAUCAUCAUCCACCGGGAAUUCUUUCCCCCUUGUUAACAUCACUCCCCACCCGGGUCGAAUACGACGCCGUCGCACUCUUGCCUCCCGAUGCCAUUGUCACCAAUCUCGACAGCAGUAUCUUUGACGCACUGCCACAAGACAAGUUGGUUGCCAUUGCGGGGUGGACGAAUCAUAAUACUGACAAUCAUGACGUAGAAAUCACGAGCCAAACCGGUAUUGUCUUUUUCAAUCUACGACACCCAUACGCCCAUACCGUGGCCAAACGAUGGUGGGAUUUGGUGGUGGAGCCCUUUGGAAUGUCCUGUGGUGCCGGAAACGACCUGGCACUCUUGGUCGAUGCCAUUGCGUCCGUCACAACAACAGCCACCGACGCAGAGGCUAUUAUGGAACCCUUGAAGGAACGACGCAAUGGUUUUGUCAGUAUACCAGUAGUAGGAGAUCGUCCAUCGCAGGAAGACAUGAUGAGAGGAAUCGUUUUGCCGACGCCGGGAAAUCGCGUCGAUGGAUUGUUAAAGGAAAGGGCAAAUGUACAAGUCCAACUGCAAACCACGGCCGAUUCGGUCUGCUAUCGUUUUUAUCCGAAAUGUGAUGUAUUAUAGUCAUAUCAUUAUAGCAAUAAUGUAGCUAUGUCAUUCUCUAGAUAGAUUAUUUGCUCGCAAGAGUCUCCCG